AUGAGCCACAUCGAGUCUGCUGUUGCGAGGCCGCUCACGGUCGCCGACCUCGAGCGUGCUGAAAAGGGUGACGCCAACACCGUCACUUCUCCGCCCUUCCCUCCCGUCUCCUCCAAGUCCGCCGUCCAGUCUUCCACCGUCGUCGUAGACUCGCGGCCAGCGAGCGAAGAAAAAAGGGCUGUACUCAAGAAGCCCGCGGCACCCAAGCACCGGGCGAGUCGAUGGAUCCGCUUCCAGCUCUGGUUCAACACCUACAGGAAGUUCUUCCUCUUCGUGACCGGCCUCAACGCCACCGGUCUCAUCCUCGCCGCGACGAACACCUGGGAGUACCCUCGGAACUACACCGGCGCAUUCGUUCUCGGCAACCUCCUGUGCGCCGUCCUCAUGCGGAAUGAACUCUUCGGCCGCUUCCUGUUCCUCCUCUUCAACACGUUGUUUGCCAAAUGGACUCCGCUUUGGUUCCGCCUCGGCUGCACCUCCGUCCUCCAGCACCUCGGCGGCAUCCACUCCGGCUGCGCGGUCUCGGGCUUCGUUUGGCUCAUCUUCCGUAUGACUCUCAUCUUCAUCGACCACCAAAACAACCAUGACGCGGUGCUCAUCAUGGGCAUCAUCACCAACCUGGCCGUCACCAUCAGUAUCGUCAGUGCGUUCCCUUGGGUCCGCAACACGCACCACAACGUCUUCGAGCGCCACCACCGUUUCAUCGGUUGGUUCGGUCUCCUCUCGACCUGGGUCUUCGUCGUCCUCGGUGACAGCUACGACCUCAACACCCACUCGUGGAACCCCGACGGCAUCCGCGUGCUUCGUCAGCAGGACUUCUGGUUCUCGUUCGGCAUGACCGUCUUCAUCAUCAUCCCCUGGCUCACCGUCCGCAAGGUCAAGGUCGAGAUCGAGGUGCCGUCCUCCAAGGUCGCCGUGCUCCGCUUCGAGCGCGGGAUGCAGCAGGGCCUCCUCUCGCGCAUCGCCCGCUCCUCCGUGAUGGAGUACCACGCGUUCGGGAUCAUCAGCGAGGGCCCCCAGGCCUCGCACCACUACCUCAUCUGCGGCGUCCAGGGCGACUUCACGCGCUCGCUCCUCAAGUUCGCCGGCGUGUCCAACACCUCGACGCUCUACCGCCGCGGCAUCCGCGUCUGCACCGGCACCGGCCUCGGCGCCGCGCUCUCGACGUGCAUCCAGAGCCCGGACUGGUACCUCAUCUGGAUCGGCUCCGACCAGGAGAAGACGUUCGGGCCGACGAUCUCUGGCCUCAUCCACCGCCACAUCGGCCCCGAGCGCAUGUGCCUCUGGGACUCCAAGGCGCGCGGCGGCCGCCCGGACAUCAUGCAGCUCGUCGUCUUCAUCACCUCCAACAGCUCCGGCAACAGCGAGCUCAUGGAGGGCUGCAAGGAGGCGGGCAUCCCCGCCUUCGGCACGCUCUGGGACUUCUGA